GCAGCAUCACUGGACCAGAGCGGAGACAGAAGGGUUUGCGCGUGCGCGUUCCUGUGCGCGUUCUCGAGCAGCGCGCGGCUGAGUGGGGGGAAAGAGAAAGGAGCGCUCGCGGUGCGGGAGUGCGCCUCGGUCAGGCUCAUCUACCAGCUACAGCUAAACAAAAUAAAUAUAUUCAGAUAAAUAUAUUGAUGGAGGCGAACUAGGGAGCGGUUUGUUUAAUUUUUUCUUUCUUUCUUUUAUUUAUUUGUUUUGGAUUUGCUGAACGCAGUCUUCGAACAUGGCUGAGAUGGAGAGUCUGAGCCCUACCUACGAGGUGUCCCCAGUCUUGGCGGGAUUCCUCGGUGCAGGUGUUCUGGUCGUCACGGUGACGGUGGCCAUCUUCCUAUGGACUUGCUGCCAGCGGCAGUAUCGCAGGAUGACCUUUAAGUUAAGCAACGGCCCGUUCGACUCGCCCACCGACCCGCCGUUAAAGUUCAUCCACAUGCUCAAGGGCAUCAGCAUCUACCCCGAGACCCUCAGCAACGCCAACAAGAUCAUACGAGUGGGCCGGAGGUCAUCGUCAAGGCAACAGAGUCACGAUUCCGACAUUGAGGGUCAUGCACAUUUGCAGAUGAACCACCUGGUACCUCCGAAGCUGGAGCGAGCGCUGCCAAUCCGGGCCAAUUACUGCUGCUCUGAAAGCAGCAGCUGCGACUCGGCGAGUAAGACUCCCCCGACUCCGUUCAGUCUCGACUCGCCCUCGUUAGGCACCCUAGAUCUCGCUAUUGACUACAACCUCCCCAAAAAGGCACUGGUGGUGACGAUCGUAGGUGCGCGAGGUCUCCCGGCUGUUAACGAGCAGACCGGUAGCUCGGACCCGUACGUGAAGAUGAGCAUCCUGCCCGAGAAGAAGCACCACGUGAAGACCCGCGUGAUGAGGAAGACCCUGGAACCGUCCUUCGAUGAGACCUUCACCUUCUACGGAGUCUCCUUCAGCGCCCUGGCUGACCUUACACUGCACUUCCUGGUGCUGAGCUUCGACCGCUUCGCCCGCGAUGACGUGAUCGGAGAGGCGUUGGUGUCACUGUCAGGCGUCGAACUUAGCGCCGGGAAAGUGCACAUUAGCCAGCAGAUCACCAAGAGGAACGUACAGUGUGGGAGACGCGGUGAGCUGCUGGUGUCUCUGUCCUACCAUCCUGCCACCCACAGACUGAACGUGGUGGUGCUCAAAGCCAAACAUCUCCCCACCAUGGACAUCACCAGCCUGCCAGGCAACCCGUACGUGAAGGUCAACGUGUUCUACGGCCGCAGACGCAUCGCCAAGAAGAAGACGCACGUGAAGAAGUGCACGCUGGAGCCGGUCUUUAACGAGUCCUUCGUGUACGACGUUCCCGCCGAGCUCAUGGCCGACAUCUCUGUCGAAUUCCUGCUCAUCGACUUCGACCGCACCGCCAAGAACGCCGUAGUGGGCCGCCUGGUGCUGGGCGGCCAGAGCCCCACGCCGUCCGGCGUCACGCACUGGAGGGAAGUGUGCGACAAUCCACGACGGCAGAUCGCCAAGUGGCACAACCUGUCCGAGUUCUAAUCUCACGCUCGGUCCAUCUCUCAGAGAAAAGAUACAAACCUGUCAGUUUCCCUUCGCUCAUGUAGGUGUAUCCUAACCUCUGUGUGUGUGUGUGUGUGUGUGUGUGUGUGUGUGUGGCCGGAGUCCUGGUUUGGACCCUGCAGUUACACGAGGCACGAUUUUACUCGUGCGGUUCAUUCAGACGGAACCUCCUUUUUUCCCCUCUGACCCGAGGAGUGCCGUCUUACACAUUAUGGACAAUUGACAGACUAAUCCCUCCUCUCCGACAGACUAAUCCCUCCUCCCCGACAUAAUAUUCCCGGUCGCACCUCUGCGCCGUAACCUGCGAUCGCCUGUGAUUAGGAAUCAUUCUGACCGUCUAAAAGUCUAAUAUUAGCACACGGAUUUCACGAAAAGACUUCAUGAAACGUUUUAUUUGUUCCUGAUUGGAGGAGGAAGAGGAGGAGGGAGAGGAAGAAGCUACACUUUUCUGGAGUCUCACACAAAGUCUCAAGACGCAAGACAUGCCGAACGGAUCUGUGAACUGCAGCCGAUGAGUCACGGCUUUUGUAUCGAUGCUAAUUCCCUCAAUGCUAAAUCCUUCCGCGGCUUUCUUUCAUUGUUUAGCACAAACGUUAGCGCUGAUAAGAAAAUCUGAACCCGCUGACAUGAUGACGGAGUAUCUGAAAGCCAGGGGAGUCAGAGUCGGUCUCUCCGUUAUUGUCUUUUUCUUUCUUUGUGUCGGAUCCUGAUGGGGUUUGUGUUCUCGUCAUCGCUUUAUUUUGUCGUCAUGUCAACAAUCAGCUGUCGUCAUGGCAACAAUCAGGUUGUAAAUAAGGCUCGCGAGACCGAUCGAGAUCCAUCGUAUCCGGCGCCCGAAGGCUGAAACACAAAGUGGGCGUGGUUUUUAAUUGUAUAUGUGAUGGUAAAAAUCAACAGCUGCAACACAGGAAGCAUGAAACAGACUUCUGUGAAGAGAAGGCUACCGUCUCGCUCUUUACGGUAAAAUGUUAGCACGGAGUAAAAGAACGUGCAAGGUAGAUCGUGUGUCUGAACCUCUGGGUUCGAUCGCAGAAACGUCUUACGGUCGUUUCCAAGGUAAUGAGACGUGAUCUUAUAAAGAGCGUCCUUGUGAAACGUCUGGAAAAAUGGAGGAAACGUGCUUCCGCGAUUCGAGCGCCGUCCUGUCUCGUCCAGCGGUGACCUCCAGGUUUAUUAACUCACACUGCGGGUGCUACUGACCUAACGCUCCCUUCAGGAUUACGCCAAAUUGUUCUGUUUUUCUUUUCUUUUCUUGAAUCGGUGAAAUCACAAGCACGGGAUUGGUCUGUUAGACUCCCAUCAUGUGUGAAGACACACAGAAGUUAAUGGACGAGGGUUUUGAAGGGAUGUGUGCUGUGAUGACAUCAUUCUCUUAUUCUUACUCUGCCUGGAAAAUCUGCAGAAAAUCGUCACAAAAAAAAAAUCGAUAUUGAGAUAAAAAUCAAUAUAAUCCUUUCAGGAUAACGCCAAAUUGUUCUGGAUUUUUUGAUGCUUUUGCAACUUUUGUGAUGCAAAAAAUUUGAAUUUUUUGUGGGAUUUUUUGUUUUUUGUUUUUUUUAAAUAAAUUAAUUUAUUUAUUUUUUUAGUGAUUUUUGGGGUUUUUUUAAGCAUAAAACUACUUGAAUCGGUGAAAUCACAAGCACAGGAUUCGUCUAUUAGACUCCCAUCAUGUGUGAAGACACAUAGAAGUUAAUGGACGAGGGUUUUUGUUGUGAUGACGCCAUUCUCUCAUUCUCUGCUUGGAAAAUCUGCAGAAAAUCGUCAUUUUGAACAAAUAAAAAAAUCUAUAAUGAUUUAAAGCUCCUUUCAGGAUUGCGCCAAAUUGUUCUGGAUUCUGAUGCACUUCCAAAUUUUGAUGCAAAAAAUUGGCGUUUUGUUUUGAUUUGGUUUUUUUUAAAUGAAUUGAUUAAUAAAUUUUUUGGGGUGUUUUUUUGUGGUAUUUUUUAAGCUUAAACUACUUGAAUUGGUGAAAAUCACGAGCACAGGAUGUCAGCUUCUUCUAAACCUACCAGUGAAGACACAUGGAAGUAAAUGUGUGUUGUGAUGACGCUUCUCUGCUGGGAAAAUCUGCAGAUAAUAUAUAUAUAUUUUAAAAAAACAAACAACUGCAAACUUCUCUGAAUAUCGCUGAAUUUGCUUUAUUUCCAAAUCCUGGAGGGAGCGGCUUAAUGUGUUUCAAGGUAAUAACUUUGACUUGUACUAUUUUUAGACGUUUUCGGUAGGAACGCUCCUUAAUUUAACCGUGUACAUGAGUGAAAACUAAAUAAUCCUUGAUAGUUUACUAGGUUACUAACUUGGCUAGCUCUUUGCCAUGGCAGGAGGACAUUGUGGUCUUGUCUCUAAUGUGCAUGCUCAUGAAUAUUCAUAGUUCCUGAUUUUUAUUUUUUUUUUUUUUUAAAUAACAGUAAAUGUGUAAAGGGCGUUUUAGUCGUUUCUCGGCCAUUUAAUAAUUAAUUAAUUUAUCAAUUAAUUUGAUCUACGUCCAUUUUCACAGGUAUAUGAAUACGGAUCGAUAUAAAAGAUUUAAUUUAUUAUUACUUUUUUAUUAGACCAACAGAAGAAAAAGCUGAAAUCCGGAAAAGUGUGCGAUCUUUUCCAGCUCCUCGUGUUGUACAUAGCGGGAGGGAUUUUUAUUCCUCAUAGUUCCACCAAAAAUUCCUUUUUUUCCCGAUCUGCUGUGUGUUACGACUGCGUGUGUAUUUUUAACGGAAACUCCUUUACUCCUUUGCCUGCUUUUCCUGUUAUAGCAAACGAUGUACAAAGUGUAUGAUAAGAGGCUCUUGUUUUUUUCCCCCCUCUAACCUAAAAGCAUCGUUUUUAUCUCGAAGACGCCGAAUAUCUCUCGAAACUCACCCUGAAUCUUAUGUGAAGCCCUUCCUGGAUGAAAAAGAAAAAAAGAGUCAGAAAUAUGCAGAUAAUUGCACUUUAGGAUAUUGUUUUUGUAAUUUAAAACGAAAAAAAUAAUAUAUAUAUAUAGAGAGAGAGAGAGAAAUUAUAUAGAAAGAACCAAAUAGCUGUGAUGAUUCUAUCGUAUGACCCAUUUGAAAGAAGUAUAUAGAGUUAUAAAUAAUAGAAUGCUUAAAAACUCAUCCAGGGCUCUGAUUGGUGGAAAAAUCUGGUGGAAGUUGAUCAUUUUUCUAUAAUAACAUCCUGGUCUUUUUAAUUUCUACAGCAGCUUACAUUUACAUUUCCGGCAGAUGCUCUUAUCUAGAGCAGUUUAUAUAGCUGAGGGUUAAGGGCCUUGCUCAGGGGCCCAGCAGUGACAGCUUAGUGGUGUGGAGAUGGGAUUCGAACUCACAACCUUCUGAUCAGUAGAUAAUUGAACACCUUAAUCACAAAGCUACCACAUUCCUCACAGAGUUGCUGACCCUAAUGUAGUUUUUAUCCAUUUUUAGUUGUGUCUAGCUGCCUCAAAAUGCUUCCAACUCACCCAUCAUCACAAGAGUCUCUACAUGUUAAUGAGACAAGACAAAAAAAGUAAAACAAAUUCCUCUAACACUGGAGACUCCUUCCAAAUACGUUAACACGUUUUUUCUUUAUUAUCUGAUAAUAACAACGCAUCUGUUUAUUAUUAAACAGCCCGAUCUGUACAAACAGCUAAACUUCCUUCUUUUCGCUUGAGUACAGUUAAACCUGACUCUUUCUUCAUGCUUCUUCUUCUUCUUUUUAAAGAGACAAAUAUAUCAGACCUCGGACUGUUCAGGUCAUGUGACGGGGGUCAUGUGACUCAGUUCAAUAAACUAGAAUAGAAAUCUUUAAAUAUUAUCUUAGUAGGGUCAUUUCCAUCUCACCCACGUUUCUAUGGAUGACUGAAACCCUUUAGACAUUUGACCGAGUGUCCACACACACACACACACGCUCUUUUAGUCAUUGUCUCUUUGGAACGUCUCAGACACGCCGAACUGAACAGCGAUGAUGUGACGAAACACACCGACUCCCACACAGAGAGCUACACAGAUGGGCCCUGUGUGUGUGUGUGUGUAGGAGCAGCAGGAAGCUCAUAUCUGCCUUCGUUAAUUAAAUGUACGUUGACGUUCAUGUUAAUUACAUCACUUCCACUCGGCUCGCUCCCUCGUCUUCAGCCCCGGGUUUUAUUCCACGCUCUGUUACGCCUCAGUCCACACACGCAGCCGGAAAUCACACCAAGCGCCACGGCUGACCUUUCAAAAAGAGGUCCAGAGAAAUCACGGCUAGCUAAUCGCUUCAUUAGCAAAACCGCCGACCUGCAGAAAUAUCGGCACGAGGAAACAAGCAAAAGCGAACGUGAAAAAGUGUCAAAACAAAGUAAAGGUUAAUUAAUAAAUAGUUACAACUUAAAAUUCUGAAAAGUGAUAUACAAAUAAAUAUAGAAAAGACAGACUACUGAAAUAGAGUAACCUCCUGUAAACCGUUAUACUAUAUCAUAUGUUAUAUAUAGUAUACCAUAUACCACAGUUUCAUGGAAAUUACAUUAUUAUUAUUAUUCUUAUUAUUCUUAUUAUUAAUACAGGAUUAGGGAGCUUGAAUAAAAACCUACCUUCUCUCCUUGCUCCUCACUCAUCACUGAGAAAGAACAGAAUCAUUUCUCUUAAAGGCUUAUAAAGGGUUUCAGUCAUCCGGAUCAUUUCAGACGCCUCGUAUUCAUGACUGCAAGCAACCCAGGAGUCACCCUAAGAGCUUUCACGGCACAUCAAAUACAUCACAAAGCGAUUCAUUCAAAUGAUAACCCAAGUACAAGACCCUUGAUGCACUAAUACUACGUUUUCUUACACACACACACACAUAUAUAUACAUAUAUAUGAUCUACUUUAUUCCACACAGUGCAUGCAGGAAAGAAACACCCGGGGGGGUUUGGGGGUUGUAAAGUCUUAAAGAUGGUAAAUAUUAAUCUACUAGAUGCUGUAAUAUUCUGUGCUCCUCUAAUACAUCUCUGCUUUAGUGUAGGUUGGUGUACAGUAGCCUCAAUUAUAGCAAGGUUUUGAUAAUAAAAAUGAAAAACAAACAGAAAAAAACAAAACAAAAGACUUCCUUUUCUCUUUUCGAUGCACAAAGCAACCCCAGAUGAAAAGAAAAUAAUAACGCAAAGGUAAAAAAAAUCCUAUACAGUUUCUAUAUUUUUUGCCUUGUGCAUUCUUUGGCAUACAAAAAGCUUGUUUAUAUGUGUAUAAAUAAAUAUGAGCGGUUGUAAAGUAUUGUCCGUCUUCAUGCACUAUCCGGCAGUUGCACUUUCUGCAUUUUUCGUUUUUCCCCGCAAAUUCUUUAGGUUCGAUUUCAGAGCCCUGCCCCCUUUUUUUCUUUUCUUUUUCUUUUUCUUUUCCUCUCCAAACUCUCCAAACCUCGCAGGUUUUCGCUGUCGUGUGUCGUACAAUAAAUUGCAAAGCGAAAUUUCGUCCCGAAUUCCCAAGAUGCAAAGUUUUAUGUGGAGAUUUAAAAAAAAAAAAACGCUUCUGAUGACACCUGAUGUGCAUACCGCUGUAAUAAAUCUAUGCUAAACCUGUUACACUAAUGCUGAUGUGUACUGUAAUGGUGAACUGGUUAACACAAUGAACAUGCAAAUAAAAGAUAAACUGAUCCACUACA